UCAGGAGCUCCCAGCCCCGGGGAGAGGUGUCAGGGGGCUGGUUCUAGAGCACUUGCAUCAACAGUGGGUCCCUUCUAUCCGCAGCUGCACAGCCCAGCUGCACCCAGACACCCCAGCAGAAGCAGGACCUCAGACCGGGCUGCUUGGCAGCGGUGCAGGCAGCAGGAAGACCAUCGCCCCGGCUGAGCAGCCCUGAUCACACUUGUCCAACCACACUGUGUCACCUACUCCUUGCCAGAGGAGUCCUGGAAGUCCUGGAAGAAGUCUUUUCACACAGUCCUCCUCAAUUUAGUAAAGAAUAGGCCCUGUCUGCUUUUGAUCUGAUGAACCAAAGCAUGCAGCAUGCAGAGCCUGAAGUGGAAUGCAUUGCCCCAUGGAUGAAAGUGAGGGAUGAUAUGUUUGUCUUUGUUGAUGGUAAAUGGGUGAAUGCGAUCUGCUGCCAGCCAUCGAUUCCUUCCCAGAAAGUCUUUAGGAAGAAGGCACAGAAUGAGUGGAGUAUCUGGGAGGAGAACAGAGCACUCUGGGAGGAAAACCAAGUCCUCCGUAUAGAAAACAGGAUGCUCUGGGAGGAAAACAAGGCUCUACAAUGUCAGCAGUCACAGAACAAAGCUGUCCAGGUUAUUUGCAGUGAUGCCAUUCAGCAAAGCAACCAGAAGGAAAAAAAGCCAUUCCCAUUCUUCCACAAGAGGAAUAUAAGCGUUCAGCUCAGCAAAAGCAACAAAACCCUCCAGGCAUUCCAGGAAAAGAAAAAAAUCUUAGGGGAUUUCCAGCAGGAUGACAGAAGAGUCCACAUCUCCUGGAAAGACCAAAAAGCCAUCACAGAGAGCAAAGAUGUCAGCUCAGAUCUUCAGGACACUGGCACCACCAUAGUUCAUGAAGAGAGCAAAGAUGGCAGCUCAGAGCCUCAGAAGGACACCAACACCAUCACAAUCAAUGAAGAUAGCAAAGAUACCAGCUCAGAUCUUCAGAAGGACACUGGCACAAUCACAGCUGGGGAAGAAGGUAACCCUGGCCAAGCCCCCGAACAGGAGCACGGAGCUAAAAAGAAAAAACCCACUGCAACCCAGGGUAAGACCAAGUCUGCCCCAAGCAUGCACAGCGAGUAUGAAAUCCUCCAGGCCCUUCAGGACUUACACGAGCUCCUCGACAUUUUCCUGAAAGUGAACCGUCAUAUUACUGGGGAGAAACAGGGCUGUCCCAUCCUCUAUGAUGUGGACAGAGCCUUCCAAGAAGAUUACAAUAAACUGAAGCUGCAGCUGAAUGCUGUGAAAAACACUGUGUCAGACAUUACGGCUCAGAUGGAAAUGUUGGAAAAGGAGCUCACUGCCAUCACUUGCCCAGUGUAUGAAGAAGCAGGACUGAACCUGGCACCUGAGUUUGGAGAGAUGUGAAGCUAAGACCUCCUAGUUCCAUUUCCCGGAAAGCUUCUCUUCUUGCUCCAGGGAACCCAAUAAAAUCCCAUUAAAGACUGAA